GUGAGGUAUUUUUCCUUUAGUCGCCGUCUACGAUAUCCACAGUAAGGUGCUAAUAUUCUUCUGCAUCGGAAACAAUACGGCCAACAAUAUAGAUUAAGUUUUAAUAUAUUAUAACAACGUAUUUCGGCGCCAUUACCAUGGGCCACUGAACAGCGCAUGAAAUUUUCAUUUGUGGUGAUUAACCGUUGCCCCAGCGACCGUUCAAAGUAAAAUGUUGUAUUUUGACCAAUGCUCAGUCCACGUGAAGACGAGGGCGAAGACCGGCUUGCUUCACCUUUAUGUAAUUACCAUGCCAAACAUGUUGACGCAUUUCUCUUUUAUUUCAAAGUCUAACCCAAAUUACUCAGUUGUGUAAUCGUUCAGAAUGAUUGAUUGUUUUACGUAUUGUAAAUUAAUAGAGUUUGUAUUGGGCCGGUGUUUUAUGGUGACAGUUUAAAAGUGCAGUAAGAGUAAAGUUGCUGCUUAGACGGCUUCAAAAAGUGAUGCGAUGACUCAAAGUCUGCCUACUCCCGAUAAACAUCAUGGUUUACGCGCUGUCACCGAAGAAAAGCUGAUUGUGGCGGUGCGCGUGCGGCCUCUGAGAUCAGAUGAAGGUCCCCGCAUCGUGCACGUGGUCAGCGAUAAGAUGCUGGUGUUGCAAGAGGAAGCGGACAGUCGGCGCGACGUGUUGCGCCUGCGCCGGGGGAACGACAAGCACUACGUAUACGACCGCGUUUUUGGCGAGGACAGCACGCAGGAGGAGGUGUACGAUGUAGUUUGUGCCCCGCUGGUGGGUAACACGCUCAAAGGAUUUGCGGGGGCGGUGUUUGCAUAUGGAGCCACCGGCGCCGGAAAGACCCACACCAUGACCGGCCUCAUGUCCAGGGCCCUUAGUCAUCUUUUCACCAGCAUCGCAGAGAGCGAGGACUCCAAUGCUUAUGAGGUAAAAAUGUCCUACAUAGAGAUAUAUAAUGAAAAUAUACGGGACUUGUUGAACCCCGGUGCUGGCGCUCUGGAGCUCCGAGACGAGGGGGGCAGUGGAGCACCUGUGGUGGCCGGUCUAAGCGAGGUGCGGGCGACCAGCGCGGCCCACGUGGCCGAGUUGUUGGCCCGCGGGGACCGCGCCAGGACUGCCGAGCCCACGCACGCUAACCAGCACUCGUCUAGGGGACACGCGUUACUUAGUGUUACUGUGAGUUGUCCGGUGGAAGGUGGUGUGCAGCGAGGACGUCUGUUCCUUAUUGACCUGGCGGGGUCAGAGCGCGCUGGGCUGCGCGCGCGCCGCCUCGAGGGCGCACACAUCAACCGCUCACUCCUGGCUCUCGGCAACUGCAUCAUGGCGCUUUCUGGGGGAGCCAGAUACGUGAACUACCGCGAUUCAAAAUUAACACGUUUGCUGCGAGAGGUACUCGGAGGACGGUGUCGCACUGCGAUGGUGGCGCACGUCGCUCCCGGACACAACCAUCGUGAGACCACUCGAUCAACUCUGCAUUACGCCCAGAAAGCAUCUUCUAUCACUAACAGGGUGGAACGGGAAUUGGUUGAAACACCCAUGCAUCUGUCCCAAUAUCGUUCGGUCAUAAAUGAAUUGAGAGAAGAGAUUUCGCGGCUCAAGCUUAAGAUGAAAGACGACCGGUCAAGUAUAUCGAAAGAAGAUCUCCAACUGAUAGAAGAAGUAAAGAAAGAGGAGAGUGCAGAAAGUGCGGCCCAUUUAAAAUCCUUAAGAGAGGCCAUAGUGUCUACUUUCAAACAACAAAUGCGGUUACGACGGAGGCUGAUGGAGCUGGACAGCCACCUGCUGGGCUUGGCGCUGGAUGCAGAACGCCAACAUGCGACUAUAUCCCAUUGGGAGGCUAGGUUCAACCGCCUCUAUAAGCCGAUCAGCCUGUCUGGGUCACGGCUUAGCACACAGCAGAGUUAUAGAGGCGGCACAGGACUAUCAAGUAGCGGCAGUGAGCGCGCCGAAGCCGAGGUAGCUGUAGAACAGGCGUGGGCUGAGUUGGCAGCCGUCGAGAGAGAACAGGAGAGCGCGCGAGAAGAGAGAGAAAGAGUGGAACGACAACUUGAGCAAGUUCGCCUUCGCGGCGCACAACUUGAACAGGAAUUGCCAGCCCGUAUUAGUAGCGGUCCCGAGCGGGAGGUGCUGGCGCUAGUGUGCCGCGUGCACGAGCUGGAAGCGGACAAAUUGGCGCUACAAGGCGAGCGAGCGGCGCGGGCACACGAGCUGCGACGCAGGGACCUCGCGCUGCAGCGACGAGACGCGCAGCGGAGACUCUCCGACGAGAUCAUCACGAGGCAGAGGCGGGCGCUCGAAGAGCUAGGGAUCGGCGUGUCCCCCGAGCUGUCGCAGAUGUACGAGUUGUACCAACAAGAGAUCCACGCCUCCACGUACACGGAGAGCAAUGACAUCUACACACCUCCUUACCGCCUGCCGCCCAUUUCCACAAGCAUGUCCGAGCUGACGUGGUCGGAGAGCUCGAGCGGCUCGGCGCGCGGCUCCAGCUCGGGCUCGGGCGGCACGCUGGCGCUGGACCACCGCCUGCCGCGCCUCGCGCCCACCCCUCGACCGCGUACUAGAUACAGUCAGGCAAGUGCAGCGACCCUGAAGCGAUAUGCGAGCGACGACAGCUUGGUGAUGGUGGCACCGCGAGCAGCCGACAACGCUAACUCUUGAACCAUGGCAAUGUGAAACUUUGGAAAAAAUAUCAAAAUUACGUGCUACUAUUGAUGGAUUGGACGCAGGUUGAUACUAAACUUACAGAGAAGAGAUGCCUGAAGAAUUCAUAUUUUGUAGUACAUCUUCUUCAAAUAUCGUAUUAAUGUACAUACAAAUACGAAAAAUAAGGUUAUAUUCUAUAGAUAUAUUUUGUCUUCAAAAUGUAAAGUUUCUGUUGAGAACAUUGCCAACCUAUUUUUGAAUAAUGUGGGUGAAGGGAUAAUAUAGCAAAUAUUUCUGAAAUUAACGUAUUCCUUUAAUUUCAGAAAUGUUUGGUACAGCCUUAAUCUAGUCUUAGAGCUACCUCAAUUAUCACUUGUUUUACUGUGCAGUAGAUGUUCCACACAGGUUUAUGCUUUAAAACACAAUGCUAUGAUUUUUAAACGGUUGUUUUCAAUUUUCAAAUGAUUUUUAUAACAAUUCCGAAGUGUAUCGAAAGUGUUUGCUGGUGACUUCCGCUUUUACGACCUUAUUGUAUUAAAAUUAAGUGAAGUAUCGUAAAAAUUAUAACUAUUUUGUGUAUCUCUGAUUAGCUAUGAAUAUUAGAAAGU